AUGCACUCACGACGUCAACGCACGCCCUCCACACCGACCAUUCCCCGUGCACGUGCCACGCCCUCUCAUUCACGUACAAAAUCCACAGGUCAACUCACUUCCCAUCCUCUUCCUCUUCCUCUUCCUUCCCCCUCCUCCUCCUCCGACCCCGCAGCGCAGUACACUCUUCUCUCCCAGCUGGGAACUGGCAGCUUUGGCACGGUGUAUAAGGCGCUGCAUGCAGAGACGGGACAGGUCGUCGCUAUUAAGCAGAUCGACUUGGAUAACAGCGAGGAUGAUAUAGGGGAAAUACAGCAGGAGAUCGCGCAUCUUGCAAAGUGUGACAGCGACCAUGUCACGCGAUAUUAUGGAUGUUUUGUUAAGGAGUAUAAGUUGUAUAUUGUGAUGGAGUAUCUUGCGGGAGGAUCGUGUCUUGACUUGCUCAAGCCUGGUCCAUUACCAGAACCGUACAUCGCUAUCAUAUGCCGCGAGCUUCUGCUCGGGCUAGACUACCUCCAUUCCCAAGGACUCAUACACCGGGAUAUCAAAGCUGCCAACGUCCUCCUCUCUGCGCAGGGCAAGGUCAAGCUUGCGGACUUUGGCGUCGCUGCUCAGAUCUCUGCGACACUGCAUCAUACAUUCGUCGGCACGCCUUUCUGGAUGGCACCAGAAGUGAUCCUCCAGUCUGGCUACGACGGGAAAGCAGAUCUCUGGUCGCUCGGGAUCACCGCUAUCGAGCUAGCGACCGGCGAGCCCCCUCUAGCAGAAUAUCACCCCAUGCGAGUCUUGUUCCUUAUUCCUAAAACGCCUGCUCCAGAACUGGAAGGCGAUUUCUCUGCGCCGUUUAAGGACUUUGUCAGGAGAUGCCUGACCAAAGACCCCCUGGAGAGGCCGGGGGCGAGGGAGCUGCUGUUGCAUGAGUUCGUGCGCGGUGCGGGGGGAGAGAGGGGGCUGAUGCGCAUGAUUGAGCGGUUGGGAGAGUGGAGGGACCAGACAAGGGAGGGCGAAGAGGAGGGCACGGGACGGGUGGAGAGCACUCUGAGGCCAGGUGCGGGGGGGACAGUCAUGAGCUCAUGGGACUUCGACACUGUCAGAAGUGUGAGGAGCAGAGCGGGUGGGGGAGAUGCCGAGGCUCGAGCAGCCGAAGAUGAGGAGUGGGACGACUCGUACGCAGGCAGCGUGCCUAUCUCCCAGCUCGUCCGGCUGGGCGGCACAGCUCGCCUGGGGACGAGUCACGAUAGCGACACCCCACCUUCUCAGGCAGCCAUACGCGCUGCCGCAGGGGACCCGUUCGUUGAUGACUUAACGGGCGCUAGUGGGCUGUCACAACCGGAUCAAGCAGCGGCGGGAAGCAGCUCGUACGCGACCGUCCGCCCGUCUAAGCUUCAGCUGCACGGUCCUAGUCGGCUAACGGCAGGCGCAGGGCCAGCGACGCCGCCUCGAGCUAGCGGCGGACAGGACGGGCUGGGCGGGAGCGCGCAGAGUUUUGAGGAAGAGAGGGAGGGGAGGCCGAGGUUGAGCGAUAGCCCGAGUGUGGUACAGCUGAGGAAGAGAAAUGCUGCUUCUGCUGCGGCUCUGGCUGCGAGAGAGGGGAGCAUUGGCGGUCGGGUUGGGAAUGUGGGGAGUGUGGUUGCAGGGGGGAGUGCGACUGAGGCGGGCAGGAUGGGUAGGAGGAUCGUUGGCGAGGUCGUUCUCCCCAUCCUGCAGAAGGCUAUGAGGAACAACCCAGAUGCCCAAGGCACAGAAUCCCUUGCCUUGCUGGUACAGGGGUUCUCAGACUUGAGGGAUAAGAACCCCGAGUUGGCUCACAGUGUUAUACGUGACCUCUCAGGGCUGAGGGCAGAGCCAGCAGUGCAGGAACACCUUCGACCUUCGUCUAUGCAGGGAGAAGAACCCCUUGCUACUGUGGAGAGUGAACAGCGCGUGGAGUCACCGGCACCUGGUCUGGAGAGUAAGCGGAGCCCAAUUGCGGAGUUGUUGUAUUUGAGGUGGUUGGAGGGACUGAAGGUCAGAUGGCCGGAGGGAGAAUAA